UGUCAUCGCCGUUAAAGCGACAAAGAAAUCAACACGUGUCGGAGGCUUGGGCCGGCACGGUAUCUUCGCGUCGCGAAACGGCGCCGUCAAUGCGCAGGCAUUGACACCAAAACCACCGGCGGCCGCCUUCUUGAUUUCGCUGGAACUUCAACGGAUCUCUUUCAAUAUUGUGGUGGCUCCUCAUGCUUCUUCCUUGAAUCCCGUCGAUCUCUAUCUGCAAAAACCCAACAAAACCCUCGUAGAUUUUCCCCAAACCAUCCAAGCCCAUACCGAAAUUUCUGCUCGAAAUCUCUUCAUCUGGUGCCUACGCUUUUGCUCAAUGCAUCAUCCUGAAUGGUUUUGUCCUAAAGCACUUUAGUAAGUAGAUAUACGUACAUAGAUUCAUCGAGAGAGAGACAAGAGAGAUGAUGAUGAACCAGGCGGUGAAAGUACGGAGGGAGGCAUUGGCGGCAGGCAUGACAUGUCCUCUCUGUAACAAGCUCUUGAGAGAAGCAACUACCAUAUCUCUGUGCCUUCAUACAUUUUGCAGAAAUUGCAUAUAUGAGAAACUCUCAGAUGAGGAAGUGGAUUCCUGUCCUGUUUGUAAAAUUGAUUUGGGCUGUGUUCCAGUGGAGAAACUCAGGCCAGACCACAAUUUGCAAGAUAUAAGGGCUACAAUUUUCCCAUUCAAAAGAAGAAAGAUUAAGGUCCCUGAAAUUGUUCCUUCAGUAUCAGUUCCAGUUAAAAGAAAGGAAAGAUCUUUAUCGUCCUUGGUUGUCAGCACUCCCAAGGUUCCAAUGCAGUCUGGAUUGACUGGGAGGAGAACAAAAGCUGUUGCUAGAAAGAUUGGUCCUGUUCACGGGACCAGUUUCAGCAGUGAGGAACUUGUUAAGAAAGAAGGAAAUCACAGAGAAGAUUGCCCAGAGAGCUCGGGCUCACCUGAGAAACUUCAUAAGAUUGUUCAAGAUAAGAGGCAGAUUUCUUCCUUGGGCAAACCUUUUCAUGAUCAAUUGCCUAACGGAGACAAAGCAAAAGUUACUCAAGUGUUAAAAGGGAAUGUUGAUUUAUGGAAGCCUUUGAAUUGCCUUGUUGAAGCUGCAAGUAGGACCAAAUCUUCUAAACUUUGUCUACAAGAUUCAUCAUCUGUCAAACCUGAACCUGUCGAUGCUCCUGACUAUGAAUUACAUGUACCUAAAAUGAAGGUUAAGUUGCAUCAGUACAAAUGCAAAGUUCCAGGUGACAAGAGCAGGAAAUCCUCACUUCCAGGAUUGGUCAAACAAAAAAGGUUGGGUGCAGUUGAUUGGAAAAGAACAGGUGGGGGGUUAUAUGCCUCAGAUCGGUGUAUUCUUGAACCACAAGGAGCUAAAGAAAACAGAAGAAAAUGUCCUAUUUGGUUUUCAUUGGUUGCCUUAGAAGAUCAGGAAGGAGAUAAUCCCUUGCCCCAAAUACCUGCAUGUUACUUCAGGAUAAAGGAUGCUGAUUUGCCCGUCUCAUUUAUCCAAAAAUACCUUGUUAAGAAACUUGAUCUUACUAGUGAAGCGGAGGUGGAGAUAUUGUGCCAUGGUCAGCCUGUGCUUCCAUCACUGCAAUUAGGGAGCUUGGUAGAUUUAUGGUUGCAGACAGCACCGACAUCUAAACGAGUAGCAGCAACUGUGGGCGGCUCUGCCAAGGACUUCGUAAUGGCACUAUCCUACGCUAGGAAGGUCGCCCCUUCAGUGUAAUUCUUCUCCAUCUCAUCCAUCUCCCAGUCUUCUGCAUUUCAUUACACGUCCUAAGAAUAUUUAUGGUCAAUGGUUUAGAAUACAACAGUUGACACAGAUUGCUUUCAGCUUCCAUGAACUGCAAUGGUUGAGCAUUUCCAGAAUUUGAUCUGAAUGUAAGCCUUUUACUAGGAAAGUAAAUGAUAUUGUAAGAGAUUUCUUAUGCA